AUGCAUAUGGAGAAGCACCUAAUGGAGAGACAGGCAGGUAAAUACAGCAGGGUAGUUGAAUUUGAGAGUAUAGAGGGAUUCCGGAAAGGAGGAGCAGGGAGGGUCCCGGAGUCUCUUCAAAAACCGGCUAAGAGCCGGGGCCUCCGCGGGUCGGGGCUAGGCGGGAGCCCGACAGGCGUGAACGCGGAGGACGCCGGGCCGAGGCGCCGAGGGCAGCGCGGCUCCCGCGUGCGCCAGGCCGCAGCGUUUAAAUCUCCCGCCUGCCGCGGCGGGAGCCCGACACCUCCACGCUCUGGUGCGGAGGGGCACCGGCUGCGGGAGCGCCCCGGCGGCGGCGGCGGCGGCGGCGGCGGCAGGAACUGGCAACGGGAACCGGCACCGGGACCCCCCGCGCGGCCGAGCGCGACCCGAGGCGGCGGAGGACGCGCGCGUCGCGACUCCCGGCGUCGAGGUGAGCGUCGGCGGCGGCCUCCCCGGGCUCCCACCCUGCGGGGCGGCGGAAGGGCCGCGCCCUCCCCGGCCGACCGGGGUCCGGAGGCCAAACCCUUGGUUCCCAUGGCGACGCCCCGGGUGGCUGCGCCGGCGGGAGGCGCCCGCCACGCGCGCACGCGGUCUCUCGAGGCCUCGGCGGCCUUCUCCGUUCCCUUGGGGACCCCGGCCCCUGCGGCCUCCCUCCUGAACGAGGUCCUGGCCGAGCUCCUCCGGGCUUACUCGGGGCAGAUCGGGCUGGCAGUGGUUUUAGGCUUGCCUGCGUCCCCUCGGGACUGA